AUGGAGGCAACUUCUGCGGACGCGCCUUUGGCCGCCGAGUUCAGACCACAUGUCCCCAAGGAUGGCCUGCCUCCAAGCCACCACGUCCUCGCGCCCGCCCCAGGCACCACUUUCUCCUCCUACCUCCCCCACUGGAACGCGCAGCCCACCUCGUCUGCAGCGCAACAGGAUGCAGAGUCGGCCCAGUCGGCUCAGAUACAAAAUGACUCGUACGAUUCCAAUCUCACCUGCUUGCCCAACUCCAUCGCCCUCGUAGACUCGGCCAAAGUCGUCCGCAUCGGCUUUCGCAAUCCAUGGCCAAGCUGGCACAAGCCUUCUCUCGCAGAAGUAUGGCAAGGACUGGAGUGGGGAGAGGAUCAGGAUCCAGCCAUCGACUAUGCACUGCAGGAUGCCGACGUAGCCCGCAACCCACGCACCGAUCUGGAGCACGUCGAGUCCGAAGCCCCUUACCAAGACAGUCGCCCUGGCACCCCCGACCAGGAUGGAGACAGACAGCCCCCAUCCAGCUCUCUUGACACACGCACCAUUAGUGCGACCCAGUAUACCCGAUCCGAGAAGAUCAAAAUCGCUUCCAAGCAACUCCUCUCUGUACACGAACCGUCGUUUGACUUCGACCACACCAAAGACAAGCUCAAGGCCACCUGGCUCGGACACGCCGGCGUCCUUCUCCAGCUCGCUCCACUCGAGCCAAAGCAAGAGCCCAUCCGCAUCCUCUUUGAUCCCAUCUUUUCGCAGAGAUGCUCGCCCAUCCAACUCGCAGGCCCCAUUCGCUCCUAUGCUGCUCCAUGCGCCAUCUCCAGCCUCCCUCCCAUCGACCUGGUCGUCAUCUCGCACAACCACUACGACCAUCUCGACUACGACACCAUCAAGGAGCUCUGGGCUGCCAACAAGGGCCGCAUCCGCUUCAUCGUGCCCCUCGGAAACAAAGAUUGGUUCGUGGGUGCCAGCACGUUCGAGCAGGCAGAGCCAGAAACAGCAUCCACAACCUCGUCCUCUUCGUCUUGGACACUAGCACCGUCUUCAGUGACAAACGCUGCCACCACUUCCAACCUCUCCAUCCUCCCAGACAGAGUCUCGGAGCUGGAUUGGUGGGACGAGAUCCUUCUCUCCCAACCUGGCUCGACUGGCAAGCAGCUGCGAAUCGUCUGCACACCCGCUCAGCACGGAUCUGGGCGGUACGGCGUGGAUGCCAACUGUGCGCUGUGGUCGUCGUGGUUUGUUGAGCAUCCUGGCGCCGAUGGCGCAUCACACCCGAUCCGGGCAUUCUUUGGCGGCGACACAGGCUGCCAAUUCCACGGCCGCGCUUUCCCACCGGCACCACCGCGCCCGACAGAGGAGGAUGUUCCCCUGGCCACGCCAACCUCGGAAGCGAGCGACGGCGGCUCGACGCUUGCAGAACAGGUGCAGGCACCCACCUACCGAGGCGGCAUGCGUCUGCAGGUGCCCAACGACGACGAAGAGUAUCCGGCCUGUCCCGCGUUCGAAGAGAUCGUGGUACGUCUCGGAGCGCCCAACUUCUUUAUGCUGCCGAUCUCGGUGGGCGCCACCAUCUCAUUUUUACGCUCCUACGUGCCGCUGCCCGACUCCAUCUCGCCCUUCCCGCGUCUCUCGGCCGGGCUCACGGCCGCCAACCAUAUGCCGCCCUGGGAUGCGGUCGGCAUCUUUGACAAGAUGACCUCGGCGGGCGUUGCGAGCGGUUCUUCGCCCGCGGAUGCGGUGUGCAUGGCCAUCCACUGGGGCACUUUCAUUUCGGGCCCGGAAGAGGUGCUCAAGACCCUCGGCCAGCUCAAGUGGGCGUGUCACCAGCACGGAGUCCACUUUGCCCGCGCCUACGACGCCACCCAAGGCCCUCCGUCUGCCAAGGGCCGCACGGGCAGCAAGACCUUUGUCGCGCUCAAUCACGGCGCCAGCCUCACCUUGUGA